AUGUGUAAGUGGUUUGAAAACAAGUGGAUUGAUAUCAAAAGAAAGAUUUAUGAACAAAUUAAUAUAAAACCAACUCCUAAGAUAUAUGAUGAUGAAUUUAAAGUUGUAUGUGAAAUGAUAGAAACAACCAAUUACAUAAGUAAUAGUAAUAGUGGUAGUAUUUCAGGAGAAUCCAGUAGACUUAGUGGAAAUAAGUCAAAUAAUAAGAAAAGUAAUAAUAAUGGCAGUGAUAGUAAUAAUAAUAGUAGUGGUAAUAAUAUUAAAGGAAGAAAAGUUAUUAAAGUUUUUUCUGGAGUAUUUGCCAAAAAGUUACUGGACAUAAAAUAUAACUGGACUUUUGAAAUUGAAAGUUUCUGUAAAAUUAAGCUUCCAGAAAAAAACAACCAGAAUUUAGAUGCAAAUUGCGAGUUACUAACCGCAAUUUAA